CGGUGAAAGUGCGCAGUGGCCAGGAGCAUGAGACUGUAUUACAUCAGGCUACGUGAAUGUAAAACAUUGCAGUUCUAUAUGUACCUAGUCAAAAUUAAGUGCACUGACAAGUUCAACGACUGUUAAUCUCUAUAGAUAAUCUCUUGAACACAUUGUGCUGUGUUCAUAGAACUUAAAGUAAGUGCAUAUUUGACUUACUCGAGGUGUGACUAGUCUCAGGUGAAGUGUUGAAAAUCCUCUGGUACUAUCAGCAAUCUCCUCAGGGUGUGUGCUGGUAAAGUAAAUAUGGGUCCGGCCCUUGAGCAUUAGGAAAACAGGAGCACACUUCAAUCGUAAGGCACGCAGUUCGCUAUUUGAUGACGGGAAUUAUGCAACUCUGGCUGAAAACAAACGGUGUGUGACCUGUUUCCUCGGGGAUUUGUUUUACUUGUAAAUGAAAACCCAACAAGCCUGCCUUGACACAAAGGUCUUUUAAAGAGCUUCCUAAUGGAGAGAAGGGCUCUGGCUUUGAAGGAGAUGGUUGAGAAGCGCUGUCCUAAAAAGGAGACUUUGGACCCCCGAAAGUGGGUGAGACAGGAGACUAUGAAGGGGUUUGUGGACUUCGUAUUGAACAGGGACUCGGACGACACAGACAGCAGCUUCGACAGCAAAGAGAUGUUACUUUACACAGAGAAGCAGUUUAUGGAGGCAGCUAAGAGAAACGACGUGGAGGCCAUGAAGGUGCUUGGAAAAGGGCUGAACGCCAACGCAAAGAAUGUGGAUAAUAGGACAGCCCUUCAUUAUGCAGUGGCUGGCAAAAACAAGGAGGCUGUGCAGUUUCUUCUACAGCGCAGGGUCAGGGUAGAUCAAAAGGACAAGCACGGUGUGGCACCUAUUCAUUUGGCAGCCUGGUUUGGCAGUUUGGAGAUCCUGAAAUUAUUAGUGCAGGCUGGGGCUGAACAGAAGGUUAAGAACGAGGAAGGACUGAACAUCCUGCACUGUGCUGCUAUCAACAACCACACGGACAUUUUAGAGUACAUUGUUAAUGACCUACAGAUGAAAGAACUAGACAAAGACGACCUGUCAGGAAACCGGCCGUUUGCACUGGCGGCAGAGCAUGGGUGUGCUGAAAUGUUAGAUAUGCUGAUGGUACCGUAUGAGAUGGCCACAAUGAAGCCCAACAAGAGGGGGGACACGCCCCUGCACUUAGCUGCCAGGAACGACCAGUUGGAAGCCGUCCAACUGCUGCUGCAGACCCUUGAUACUCAGGAUGAAGUCAAUAUGGACGGUGAGACGGCUCUGUACCAGGCUGCAGACAAAGGUCAGGAAAGAUGUGUCCGGGCCCUGCUGGAGGCAGGCUGUGACCCCAACAUCCUCACAACGGCCAAAUGCAGUGCUCUCCAUUCAGUUUCAGAAAAAGGAGACACGUCUCUUGUCCAGCUCCUCUUAGAGUACAAAGCCCACACAGACUUUAAAAAUCAGUACCAAGAGGCUCCUCUCCACCUGGCAGUGAAGAACAGUCACAUCCCUGUUAUCCAUUCUCUACUGAAGGCUGGCUGCGACAGUAAUAUCACCAAUAAGAGGUCCCAGACUGCAAUGCAUCUUGCUGCAGAGCUUGGCAAAAUAGAAGUCGUGGAAAUGCUUCUUAAAGCCGGGCUGGAUCUGACACUCUGUGAUCAGCAGGGUAAGACAGCUCUGGGUGUGGCGGCCCGAGCGGACGAGGUGAUUAUUGUGGACAUGAUCAUCAAAGCCGAAAGAUACUAUGCCUGGAGGACGGCCAACCCCGAGCUUAAUGAUAGUCUUCACAACGAGUACCCGCUAACGUUUAAACUCGACCACCGCCAUGAGACCAAGCAGCUCCGUUCGAUGGCCUGGCGACUGGCGUACGAGCUCCUGAAACCAGGAGACUGGAAAAGACUGGCAGAACACUGGGGCUUCAAUAAGGAACAAGUUUCAGCCAUUGAGGAGCAGUGGACAGGUCAGCACAGCUAUAAAGAGCACGGGAACAGGAUGCUGCUCAUCUGGCUCCAUGGGGAGGUGUUUGCUCAGAGGAGCCCUGCUAAAAAAAUUUACCAGGACCUCAUCCUGACAGGGAACAGGAAAGCUGCAGAUAAGAUUUGGAUGGAAGAAGAGAAUGCCAGCAGUAAGAUCUGCAGCAUUUCAUGAGAAUGAACACUGGACAUUCAGACUGACGACAUGAACUCCACAUCUACACCAUAAAACUAAGAAAACUAAGAAAGCAGUAAAAUA